AUGACGAGUAUCGUGGCUACGGGUAAUACAUCUAAUAUCAAGAAUUCGACAACUCACGGUUUACCUUAUAUUGUGAACCAAGAUAUACAUUGGAUAGAAAGGUUAUUUUGGACAUCGAGUUUCAUAUUCUCACUAAUAAUUAUUUACAGUCUUUUGUCAUCUCAAUUUUCACGGUUCAUAAAUUCACCGACGGUAAUGAGUGUUGAGAUGGAUUACUUAGAAUGGAAUAUAUCAUAUCCAGCUCUCACAUUAUGUCCAAUAAUAAAAACAAAUUUUACAACUUUUAAUAAUUUAAAAUAUCACUUAGCUAUUUUGGCGUAUUCAAGAGGCCGCUUGCUCUUUUGCGAUUCGAUUAAAAAUAUAGACGAAAUGAGAACCUCCUUUUUGAAGGAACUGUCUAACAAAACGGGAAUGUAUCUCGAGUCAUAUGUAUGGGCUAUAGCAACAGCCUCUGUUCUGAAUUUAAAUACAUUAGCUUUAACAGAUCCCGGUAACACUAACCCAAUAAAUCCUGAAGACUAUGCUGAAACAGCUGCUAUGUUGUUCAAUCAAUUUGACAAACGCGCUCUAACCACAAACUUUAACUAUUCUCUGUCUAUACAAUCUGCUAUGACUGAAUUUGGAAUGUGUCAUGUUAUUAAUUCUAAUGUCGCCGUAUUUGAUGACCCACUCAAAUGGAGAAAUAACAAUGUAAAUUAUGUUAAAACUAAUGUCGAGUUGUCGGCAUUUGACGCAGAUUUCUAUGCCGAUAUUAUCAACGACGAUGUUGUAUCUCAUAUUUACGUACACAGUCCGAAUGAGCCAAUGAUAAGCACCUUUCCAUCAUACACUGUGGACUCAGAUGGCUUUAUGACGUACGGCUUUCAAAUAUGGAGCACAAAAAUAUCGAAUGAACUACGAUCUGCCUCAAUACAAGUCCGACAGUGCAGAUUUCUCGACGAGCCUAUAAGUACGAGGUAUCCAGUGUAUUCAUACAAUAAUUGUUUAUUGGAAUGUCGUAUUCAGUUAAUUUUAAAGCUAUGCGGUUGUGUACCUCACUUUUAUAAGAUCACAGGAAAUGAACGCACCUGUAAACUAUCCGAGCUCACAUGUUUCUAUCGAAAUAGAAAAGAGAUCAUGGCACUCUCCGUAUCUAAUGAGACAUUGAUGAAAUUUACUUCGAGAGCACACCUACCUAGAACUCCUAAAGACUGCUCUUGUUUGAGUAACUGUGAGACGGAUAUUUAUCGUAAAGAUCGCGAGGAAUACACACCUGAGCCGUCUGCUAGUAGAGUGAGAAUAAUUUUUACUGCGUUCCCGAAAAUGAGAAUUGUAAGAGACAGGAUUUUCAGUUUUUCUGAUAUGUUCUUAAGAAGUGGGGGUGUGGUGAACACCUGUAUUGGAUCCUCCGUAAUAUCAAUAAUGGAACUAAUUUUAGACGUAUUCAGAUUUCCAACAUACUACCUUACGCAAAUAACAAUCAAUUUCGUUCAAAAAUUAACAUAUUAUGUUUUGCAUAAAUUUUAAUA